CGAGAAAUCCGUAGUGAAAAUAUAUAAAUAUAAUAAAAUACUCAUUUAUAAAAAAACUGGUAACAGUUCCAUCAUUAAAUUAAUACAAAAAUAAUUCAAUAUAAACAAAAAACAAAGAUCAGAGUGAUAGUGAUUAAUUGAAUAAAAGUAGAAAAAUAAAGAAUUUAAUAUAAAUAAAUGGGGAUGUAAUUGAGCGGCGCGUGACCUCAUUUAGAAACUUAAAAAAUUUCACUUCACCUGCAUCACACAAAAAUAUAAGCACUUAUAAACCAACUAUAAUUUAACAAAAAUACAAUAUAGGUAUAAAUUAUGAAUCCAUUGGAACCAAAAUAUGCAUCAGCUAAUAUUCCAACAAUCAAAUGUGAAGAAAACAAUACAUUUAAUAAUAUGGACAGCUUAAAUGGCAAUAACAGCAAUUACAUGGAAAAAGAAGAUGUUGCUUCUGUCGAUGUCAGUCAGUGGCAGGUUGACGAUGUGGUGGAGUGGGCUACCAAAGUUAUUCAAUUUACACCAAACGUCAUCAAAUGUUUACAGCUGGAAGCAAUUGAUGGUCAGGUCUUAUUAACGCUAACUGAAGAGGAUAUACGAGAUUUCCGUUAUCGCCUUAAUUAUAAUUUACGUUUUGGAGAACUUAAAAAACUAUGGCAAAGUGUCCACCAUCUUCAGCAAAGUCGACUGCAGCAACGUUUCAACUCUCAUACCGUUCAUCAUCUGCCAACAAAUCACAUACAUCAUAGUAAAAACUCAAGUAAUAGAAAUAAUCCUAGUAUAAGAAUGGGUACUGCGGCAGAUGGAUCUCCACUUCAUCAUAAUCACAAUCAUCAUCGAGCAGCUCCCACAUUCUCUUCGGCCGCCGCAGCUGUUGCCUUCUGUUGUAGUUGUGGCAAUAGAAACUGCAGUACAUUUCUAGAUAGUUGUUCAUUCAAUGACUGCGAAAGUUGUGCGCCUGAAAUGUCGUCUGUUUCGGAAGGUUGUUCUGCAAACAUUCCACCAGAGUUCUUUAAAACUUCAAUUAGUUUAGGAUAUUCCUUUGUUGUAACAUGGAUAACAUCAUUUGUGAUGGUUAUCGUUCAUGAACGAGUGCCUGAUAUGAAACGUUAUCCUCCAUUGCCCGACAUAUUCCUGGAUAAUGUACCGCACAUCCCGUGGGCAUUUCAUAUGUGUGAAAUAACCGGUACGCUGUUGUUUAGUAUUUGGGCAUGUGUCUGUAUCUUCCAUAAAUAUCGCAUGGUGUUACUGAGAAGAUUUUUUGCACUGGCUGGUACAGUGUUUUUGUUGCGUUGUGUAACAAUGUUAAUAACUUCCUUAAGUGUACCGGGAACACAUUUGCAGUGCAAUCAAAAUGAUUACGCUAUCGAUGAUACAGGUUUGACACUAUCAGAAGCUUUGUAUUUAAGAAUCUCGAGAGCCUAUACAAUCUGGAGUGGUUUGGGCAUGUCCAUACAGGGUGUACGAACAUGUGGUGAUUAUAUGUUCAGCGGUCAUACAGUGGCCUUAACAUUGUUAAAUUUUUUUAUAACCGAAUAUACUCCACGCAACUUGUACUUUCUUCACACAUUGAGUUGGCUGUUAAAUAUGUUUGGUAUUUUCUUUAUCUUAGCUGCCCAUGAACAUUAUUCCAUAGAUGUUUUUGUGGCCUUUUAUAUAACAUCUCGUUUGUUUCUGUACUAUCACACAUUGGCCAAUAAUCAAGCACUCAUGCAACGUGAUUCCAAUCGUACUCGCAUUUGGUUCCCAAUGUUUAGCUACUUUGAAAGUUCCGUCGAUGGUAUUAUACCGAAUGAGUUUGAUACAGUCGGCGAAAUUGUCGAUCAACUGACUCAUUUGCUAAUUGAUAUAAAAGAUAAUGUUAUGAUGACAGCGCAUCGGUUUUGGUUGGAAGCGCCAAACUUAAACAUGUCCUCGAGUAAUGUGUUUUUCGUACCCAAAGAGGUUUUAAAGGCGAAACAACGUAACGCUGCUACAUCGACAUCAGCGACUGCCAGUAAUACACCAACUGCAACAAAAGCUGACUUUUGGCGCAAUGAAACCACUAUAACGAAUUCCACAUCAAUGCCAACUUCAACAACAACAACCAAUAGUGUCUGUAAUAACAUUGAAGCGACCAUAUCAGAUGCCAGACAAAGUGAUAGCAGUAAAAAUAUUUCGAAAGUUAAUGAAAAUUUACAAAAACAUGAACGACAUCAUUCUGUAACAAAUAAUAAUACACAAAAUAAUGAGAAUUCUAACAAGAAAUCUAUUUAACCCAAUCGACAAAAGGACUAAAGCAGAAAACAAAACUAGCGCAAAUCAAAAUACAUAAUAUUUAAAUAUGUUGUUCACUUUCCAAAUAUUAUGAUACAGUUUGUUUUAUUUUUUCUUCUAUUCUAACAUUUUGCCAACAUUUUCUAUUUGUAUUAUUGUAAUAUCCAUUUAUUCAUUCAAUUAGUUUUGGUUAUUAAAGUUAUAUAAUUAAGCGUAGCUUGGUAUAAACAACAUUCCAAAAUAACUAGAAUGUCUUUUACAUUUUUAUUUUAAAAGAAGCUGUAUAUUGGUAACCAUCUAUAUCUAUACCUUCCAUAAUUGUACUAGUAUUGGAUUAUUUUUUUUUGUUUAUAUUGUAUAAUAUGAAACUACGACUGAUUAUUAAUUAUUUGAGUUUUUCUUUAAUAUGUAGGUAAAUUAUUUUUAUUAAAUUUCAGGGACCUUAAAACAAAAUUAUUACUUACUACUUUGAUAAAGGAGUCUAGUUUGACUUACUUUAGCUUUUAAACCCCAUUGUACAUUAUAACUAAAAUUAAAUUUUUUAUUCGAUAAAGUUAGAGUAUUGAGCACAAAAACAAUUAAUUAUAAAAUAAUAACGUAGUUUAAAACUAUUAAUUUUGUAUAGAAUAUAGAUCUGACAUAAGUUAUUUGCAUCCUACAUACUACAUAUACACGUAAACUCCUUCAGACUUAAACAUUAAUAAUGCCUUUUUGAUUCUGUAGAAAGAAUUAUUGUUUUUUUUUUUUGUUAAAUAUGUAAAAUACUACUAAUAGAUUGUCUACUCACUCCAUCAAAGAAUUCAUAACAAUAAUAAAUUAGUAUAUUAUAUAAAUUCUCAUGCAAGAUGACCAUAGUUUUAUUUUAAUAUUUCAUUGUAAUUAAUUAUUAGUGUUUUCGAAUUUUAAUUUUUCCUUCAUUUAAUAAGAUGUGUAUCUCUAUAUAAUUUUUCAUUGCAUUUUACUUAUUAUUAAAUAAUUUAUUAAUACAUAUAUUGAAAUCAACGCAUUUGUAUUGAAAAUUAUAAAUUCUUGUAAUACAAAAGUUACAACUCUACCUAAAUACAUAUAAAAAAUAAAGAAAUUCUAUAUUUGAAUUUGAUUCUGAAAAUACAUAACAAGAA